GUUAUGCAUUAGAUCCCUCUAUAGAUAACCCUGAAGUUGCUACAAAAUAUAUUGGUUCUGUAGAAGAAGCUGAAAAAAAUCAAGGUUUAACAGUGUUUGAAACUGGACAAAGGAAAAUUGAAAAAAGGAAGAAAUUCAAGGAGAAUGAUGCAUCUAAUAUUGAUGGUUUUCUGGGACCAUGGGCAAAGUAUGUUGAUGAAAAAGAAGUAGCCAAGCCAUCAGAAGAAGAACAGAAAGAGUUGGAUGAAAUAACAGCUAAGAGGCAGAAGAGAGGAAAACUAGAAGAUGAUAAACCUGGAGAGGAGAAGACUAUAUUACAUGUUAAGGAAAUGUAUGACUAUCAGGGGAGAUCUUAUCUUCAUGUCCCUCAAGAUGUUGGAGUUAAUCUACGUUCUACAGUGCCACCUGAGAAGUGCUAUCUUCCAAAGAAACAAAUCCAUGUGUGGUCUGGACAUACAAAGGGUGUCAGUGCAGUUAGAUUGUUUCCUCUCUCUGGGCAUAUACUGUUGUCUUGCUCUAUGGAUUGCAAAAUUAAGCUAUGGGAAGUAUAUGGUGAUCGAAGAUGUCUACGCACAUUUAUUGGACAUAGUAAAGCUGUUCGAGACAUCUGUUUUAAUAAUGCUGGCACUCGCUUUCUUAGUGCUGCAUAUGACCGCUAUCUUAAGCUCUGGGACACUGAAACAGGGCAAUGUAUUUCAAGAUUCACAAACAGGAAGGUUCCUUAUUGUGUCAAGUUCAAUCCUGACGAAGAUAAACAAAAUCUCUUUGUUGCAGGAAUGUCAGAUAAGAAAAUUGUGCAGUGGGAUAUUCGAAGUGGUGAGAUUGUGCAGGAAUACGAUAGGCAUUUGGGAGCUGUCAACACCAUUGUGUUUGUGGAUGAAAAUAGAAGGUUUGUGAGUACAUCUGAUGACAAGAGUUUAAGAGUCUGGGAAUGGGACAUUCCUGUAGACUUCAAGUACAUAGCUGAGCCAAGUAUGCAUUCGAUGCCAGCCGUGACUUUGUCUCCAAAUGGGAAGUGGUUGGCUUGCCAGUCGAUGGAUAACCAAAUUCUGAUUUUUGGAGCUCAGAACAGAUUCAGAUUAAACAAAAAGAAAAUUUUCAAAGGUCACAUGGUAGCUGGCUACGCUUGUCAAGUGGAUUUUUCACCUGACAUGAGCUAUGUGAUAUCUGGAGAUGCAGAUGGAAAACUUAACAUCUGGGACUGGAAGACAACAAAACUCUACAGCAGAUUAAAAGCACAUGAUAAAGUCUGUAUCGGUGCAGUGUGGCAUCCACACGAAACAUCUAAAGUCAUUACAUGCGGCUGGGAUGGUCUUAUUAAACUAUGGGACUAAAAAGGAUGCUACGAAGGUCUAAAGAUGUAAGUCCUGCAUACAUCUGAGAUUAGAGUGAAUUCUGCUGUAAGGAUGGGUAGACAUUUGUAAUGCUGCAGUUCUCAGCUAGCUGUAUAUAUGCACUAAAAAAUGGGAAAUCUUCAGAAGACACAACUGAAAGGAUAUAGUUCUAAAUAUUACCUCUGAGUAUGAGAAGCCGAGGUCAUGUGAAGCAUGCAGAAUCAAGUGUUAGUUUGUCAUGUCACUGGUUGUGCAAAACACUCUUGUAAAAUGAAAUAAUUUUAAGAAAAACUA